AGAGAAAGAUCUUUGCGCGUCUUUAGUGCGCCUUUGAUUGUGGACGAGCGCCAAACGUCCCCAAACUGCGCAGGAUUACCACGAAAAAAAGUAGACCCAUGCUGUCACGGUCCACACUGGUGAUGCAUGCGGACUAGAGCGAGCACGACGAAGUGGACUGGACCGUAGUGCACCGCCAAUCCCGUAUCACCGGCUUCAGUCGACUGUCGGGGGCGCGAUGCGAGGCAGCAGAGGACGGCGGAGAUGUUGACGGAAAGCGACCCCCUCGAAACGUCUUUCUUUAGCUGGCAAUGAUGGACUGAAUUCGGCAUCUAGGUGGUCUUUUUUUACCUCUUGCUUCCACCUCUCGCCAGAGCCGUGUGGCGCUGGAUGUGGGCGAUGCUGCCACAAGGGAUUCAUUGUGGCUUCACUCAGAUGAACACCCGUUGCAUGCAGUGACAUAAAGAGGGAAGGCAGUGUGUUUUUAAGAGACGUCAGCACCUGUUCAAUCAGGACAUUUUGCUCUGCAGCAGCUCGUCACCUGUAAGUGGCACCGGAAUGAUACCCUGAUGUACACCGCCCCAAGCCAGGCCCCUCGAGAGUUGACAGAAUCGCUCUCUUUCCCCUACUUUCGCCGCCUCCGCUAUCAGAGCGCCACAGUGAUGUGGGGAGGCCCCCUCUGAUCUGGGAUCAGCUGGCUGUUAGAUGGCCUGAUCUCAACAUCAAAACAGUUGGGGGGGCCUUUCUAGUGAACAUCCCUCUACCACUGCACGGUAGCACAUGGAUUUCAAGACCUCAAAUGAAGAGACAAAGACUGGGAUUUAUUUGAUGCAAGAAGGUAAUGAGGAGCCGUUUAAUAUUCGACUGCACUUGGCUAAAGACAUUCUGACCAUUCAGGAGCAAGAUGUCAUCUGUGUGUCGGGGGAACCUUUCUAUUCCAGCGAGAGAACUGUAACGAUCCGGAGACAGACGAUUGGAGGGUUUGGCCUCAGCAUCAAGGGCGGUGCGGAGCAUAAAAUUCCUGUGGUGAUAUCCAAAAUAUCCAAAGAACAAAAAGCCGAACUCUCUGGGCUGCUUUUCAUUGGCGAUAGUAUUCUGCAGAUAAAUGGAAUAAACGUGAGAAGCUAUCGCCACGAGGAAGUGGUUCAGGUUUUGCGGAACGCUGGUGAAGAAGUCACGUUGACUGUUUCUUUCCUCAAGAAGACACCAGCCUUCCUUAAGCUGCCUCUGUGUGAGGAUUGCACGUGCAUCCCCAGUGACCAGAGCAGUGGGACCUCGUCUCCUUUGUGUGAUAGUGGCCUGCACUUGAACUACCAUCCUAAUAACACGGACACACUGUCCUGUUCGUCGUGGCCCACGUCCCCUGGGCUCCGUUGGGAGAAGAGAUGGGUGGACCUCCGACUCAUACCACUGCUGCACUCUCGCCUCUCUCAGCACAUGCCAGGCUCUGAUGUGUGCAGGAAAAAUGCUUUCCAGGUCAUUGCCGUGGACGGUGUGUGCAGUGGUGUGCUCCAGUUCCCCACAGCCGAGGACUACUUGGACUGGCUUCAGGCGACAGGCAGCAACAUCUCCAAUCUCACCAAGCACAACGUGAAGAAGAUCAACCGCAAUUUUCCAGUCAACCAACAGAUCAUCUACAUGGGCUGGACUGACGAGAAGGAGCAGGACUCCGUUCAGGACCGAAUGUACUCAUCAAAGUUUCUCGCUUUGAGGGGUUCCUCUCUUUUUAAGUUCUGCGCUCCCCCGGUGACAACAUGGGACUGGACUCGAGCAGAGAAAAGCUUUACUGUCUAUGAAAUAAUGUGCAAGAUUUUAAAGGACAACGACCUGGUGGACAAGAGAAAGCACUGCUUCAGUGUGCAGACGGAGAGCGGCGAGGACAUGUUCUUCAGCGUGGAGCUGGAGUCGGAGCUGCUGGUUUGGGAAAAGGCCUUCCAGAUGGCCACUUUCCUGGAAGUGGAGAGGAUACAGUGUAAAACAUAUGCCUGUAUCAUGGAGAGCCACCUUAUGGGACUAACUGUUGACUUCAGCAUGGGCUUUGUGUGCUUUGAUGCCGCUUCCAAGGCAAUUCUGUGGAGAUACAAGUUCUCUCAGCUAAAAGGAUCAUCAGAUGACGGCAAAAGCAAGAUCAAGUUUUUAUUCCAAAACCAAGACUCCAAAUCUAUUGAAGCAAAGGAACUGGAGUUCUCCAACCUGUUUGCGGUGCUUCACUGUAUUCACGCUUUCUUUGCUGCCAAAGUGGCGUGCCUGGACCCCGUGUUUGUGGAGAGCCAGGCCACGGCCGCCAGUGCCGGCAUUCCUUCUCUGUCGAGCCUCUCGUGCAAUUCGCACACCCCCAAUCUGAAAUUCACCACUUGACGCAGCACCUCUGGAUUAGUCACGACUCUGUAGCCUAAGAUGGGAAAAAGACAAAAAGACUCCAUAAAGACUUCCUCAGGAAAAAAAAACCUGAAAUCGCCCAUUACAGCCUUUCUGGGAUGAAGCAGACAAAAAGACUCUACGGACGGACACCAAGUGUGCGAUUUGAACAUCCUUUUAAGCCAAUGUCCUGGGACAUUAUUAUUAUUAUUAUUAUUAUUAAUAUUAUUAUUAUCCACACAUCACAACAAGAAAAUGCAGGUGGUCUACUUUUGUAUAAACGCUUAUCGAGGAUUUGGAAAGAUAUUUCUGCUCACUUUUGAGGAAAAUGUAGCGGUUUACUUACACUAUAUGUACAUCUCUUCAAUUGUUUAGGCCAUUAGUUCGUCUUUGCGUUUUUUGUAUUUGUGACAGCUCUGAAAAAUUUGAAAUUCAGUAAUAUCUCUAAAAAAUUACACGUGUUCUAACAGUUUAUUCCUAGCAGGGUGACACAUUGUGAAAUAUGAACACAGAACGUGACAAAGCGGUGAUAAAUAAAACGCGUUCACGCUCCCUGUCCGAACUGUGAAAAUUCCUAGUGUAUACAAAGCCGUCACAACAAACCACGUGACAUUGUUCUCUUCUUCAAUUGGUCAGGGGUGGGCGCGUAAGAAUGUAAACAGGAAGAAGGACAGAGUAGUGAGGGAACCUGCGCCAAUGCAGCAAAAAUUGUCCUUUCCCCGAAAACUUAAAAUGUUGAUAGGGACAGUGUGGAAAGACAACAUUGCAUCAGCAAACAGUACGAGUACAUUUGAAGAAGAGUUGGCGGAGAACACGGUUAAAAGACGUGCUGUUUGCGCAUGAAUGGAGACUAACGAUUAACGAUUUACACACUAAAGAAGAAGAUGCGUUCGGGUAAGUCCCGGUUACUACUUUUAGUUAUGUCAACGUUAUGCUGUUUAGUUUACUUACUGAUGGGUUAUUUGUCAGCUGGAGCUAAUAAAGAACGGACUGCUUUGACAUCAAACCAACGAACAUGCUCUAAUAAAACUGACAUGUAAAGGCAACACUUUUCAGUCGAAAACAGCUGUACAAAACAGAAAAAGUAACUGACUCACCAUGCAAUUAAUGCGAGCCCUCAGCUUGUAAGGUCCAUAAGGGUAUGCUUGGAUAAGUUCGGUGUAGAAGAACAAGUCCAUAAAACACCUUUGGAAUGAACGGUAGGUGUUUUAAUGCUUUUGUCCAUACUAGUGUACCUCAGUAGCGGCAGAAUAUGUGCUGUUGAUGUAAUCACAUUCAAAGAGAGGCUCAUCUCUCCAUUAUAAUCAGUAAACAUGAUUAGAAAAGUAGACGUUUACUUCCCCAACAAUGUGUAAAUAAGCAUUGACCUUAAAGAAUUAAGAUUUUUAAGAAAUCAUCUGUUGACCUGCCACAGAGAAGUACUGUAGGUCAGGGGUAUCCAACGUGUGGCUUGUUUUUUAUUUUAAAAGUAAAAUAAACCUAAUGAAUUUUUUUUAACUAUUUAAAUUAAUCACAGCCCACAGUAGAACAUUACACAGAAGGCAAAGAAAAAUGACAAAUGGCUCAAAUCCAAACCAAAAUGGCUGACUACCUGUGUGUCUUACAGUGAAGAUUUUUUUUGUCAGAUUUUCCUGGUAAGUGGACACUGGUGCCGGGUAUUUUGCACUCUCUGGCGGGGGCGCUACUGAGCAAGGUUUGUUAAAAUAUGUACAUUUUUGCCAUGAUAUACAUUGCAAGAUUUGAUAAGUUUUUGAUUAUGUUGAAUCCCUCAAAAAGUUUCAUUCAGUUGCCAAAACAAUAACAAACAUAAUAAUCGUAAAGAAUAAAAGACGUUCCCUUUGUCACCCGUACCACGAAGCUAAGAUGUUUUUUCUUUACAUUUAUUUCAUUGCUUAGCCCAUCUUGACCCACACUGGAUUGAUUUUAAUGUGUUUUCAUGAAUUAAAAUGUGAAGAGUAUAAAAGUGGCCUCCACACACAAAAAGUUUGGACACCUCUGCUGUAGGUAGUAUUCUCUACAUCGUUUAUUGUUAACUCUACGGACAAAUUUAGAAGAAAUUAAUAAGCUAUGGUUGUUUCCUUUAAUUUCCUGGAUAUGUUUUGACUCCAGCUUGUAAAUAAAGAUAGAAAUACACGAGAAAAGACUUCUUAAAGGUAAAGGGUCACUCAAUGGUAUGAGAUGCCCCAUUUUAAAUAAUUCAAUCUCCAAUCUUCACUUCUAAAGUCAAAUAUAAAGGAAAGAGCCACCAAACCCAGCAUGUUAACUCUCAAGAUUUAAAUUGGGGUCAUGAUCGAGUCAUUCACAGUUUUAAGUCCGGAGGAAAUGAACUGUUUGUGCACGGAUGAUGCUUCUUGUGCUUUGCAAAGAUCUUGGUUGGCAUUAUAUAAGCUUGAAAAAACACAGGAUUUAAAGAGAGUGGAGUGGAUUUUAUUUUUGUGGCAGAUGUUUUAUUAACAAAUAUACUGUGUCCUAAAUUAAUAAAUUAGAUUUUUUUAUAACACGGCUUGCUUGUGAUCCGUUUCAUUUGUGUUUUGGAAUGUCUGGUUGUAUGCAAAGAAAGCUGAUGACAAAAUUACUAAUAUACUGUAACUAUGUAAUAUGUACAUUUAUUAUCUGUAUACAUUUUAUACUUAAUUAAUUUUUAGUACUUUUGUAGCAAUGUAUAUAUUAAAGGGUCCCUGACAGGAUUCAUCAACUUUGCUUAAAUAUGUAUAUUGUUUGUAAUUAUGUUCUACAUUGUUUGAUUUUUGAAAGCGAAUGGUAAAUUCGCAAAUACAACAUUUACAGUUUAUGGCGCCAGCCAUGACAAACUAGCUCUCAGCACGGUGCCACUUUCGUAAUGACCUGAUCGGGGUAAUAUCGCUCAGGUAAACAAACAUGGCAGUGUAUGAGACAGAGGAUGUUUACACUGAUUAUAGCGAGGAUUUGAGCGAUGUGUCAAUAGUUUUUGAGGAGAAAAGAAGAAAGAAACCUUUGGAAAUGAGAUUGAGAACUUGCAGAACAUGGACUUAAGCCUUAAGACAUGGAGAUGGAGUGAUCGCAUUCAAAACACAGAAUGGUAAGUGUAAAUUACUCUGGAGUUAGUGAUCCUUCAAUUAUUGUUUUAAAUCGGCUUCAUAGUGAGCGUAAAGGGGUUUUAUAGCCUGUUUUAAUGGCAAUACAUGUGGCCUCACGUGGACAAUGAAUGUUCUCCGUCGCCAUCGCCGCCCCCCCACACUAAACAUAUAGCUGUCUAAAGAUGUUUAUACAGUAUGACAUGUACAAUGCUUUGUAGCCUUGUCGCUAUCGUGGAAUAGUGUUUAGAAGACUAUGUAAACAAUACAUGACUUCCUGUGCCAACUUUGACAUAGUCGUCGUUCUUUGUUUUGUUUUUUACCUGUGUACUGUCGAAAUAGCAUCCUUUUUCAAAAUGCAUUCAUACCAUACUUUCAAGCCAAAUACUUCUUGUUCCUUCAAAGCAGUCAUCGGUGAAAUGAUCAUUGCAAAGCACAGAACUCGAGGUGUGCGUCCAUCUGUUGCUCAUUCUCUGCACUUGCUUUUUCCAUUGUUGUCUUAAACCAUCUUUUGGAAAAGAAAACAAACUUACAGUAUCACUCGUAUCACAGUAGCAGCAACACAACGUGUUGCCAUGACUACUAUUUUGAUGAAAAAUAUACUGAACCAAGUUGACAAUCUACUUCUACAAUCUACCCCUUCUUUUAUUAUUAAGGGAGGAAAAAAUCCAAACCUACAUGGCCCUGUGUAUAAAGUGACUGCCCCACUGUUAAAACAUAACCUAACUGAGACUAAUUGAGAUGUACCAGUCUGGAAAAGGUUAUAAAGCAAUUUCUAAAGCUUUGGGACUCCAGCAAAUCACAGUGAGAGCCAUUAUCCACAAAUGGCGAAAACAUGGAAGAGUGGUGAAUCUCCCCGGGAGUGACCGACCAACCAAAACUACCCCAAGAGAGCGGCAACGACUCAUCCAAGAUGUCACAAAAGACACCACAACAGCACCCAAAGAACUGCAGGCCUCACUUGUCUCAGUUCAUGACUCCACCAUAAGAAAGACACUGGGCAAAAACGACUUGCAUGGCAGAGUUCCAAGACGAAAACCACUGGUGAACAAAAAGAACAUUGAGGCGUGUCUCAAUUUGCCAGAAAACAUCUUGAUGAUGCCAAAGACCUUUGGGAAAAUACUCUGAUGAGACAAAAGAUGACCUAAACCCACACAAGUGAUUUGACAAGAGAAAAACUGUUCAUGCUUAGGGAGUAUCAAACAUUGAUCUACCCUGUCAUACAUGAAAAUCAAUCCCACCUCUAAGAGAACCUCUAAGAGAAAAAUGAAGAAAGAAAAUGUGCCAGAACAUGAAAAAAAAACUCACUUUUUAUUGGCUUAUUCAUCUUGUAGUCAAAUCUGCAGCCCUAGCAGAAGUAAAAAAGAAAAAUGGGUAAAAUAAAACUGAUGAUGUCAUAAAGGGUGGAGGCCCUGACCUGUGAAAUGUGGAGGACGCAAUGUGAUAGAUGCUUUUAUCGCAGUGCUCUCAUUCUGUGUGCAUGCAAGAACCAGUUGGCUUCCUUCUCCCGGCUUGUGCAAGUUUACACUGCAUGAAAUAGACACGAGGAGUUGGUUGGUUUGCUGCACAGUCACAGCGUGUGGCUAAAUGCUGUGAGGCCUUCAAACGGCAAAAGGAAGAAACAUUUGCAACCACAUCGUCUCCUGCCUGAAUGACUCCUGCACGGCUCCUCCGCCGCUUUAUCUCUACCACCUUUUACUCUUGUCAGUAGACUCUAAAUAAGAUGGCGCCGUUAAAAAGACAAAUGGAGGCAGUGUUUGUGAUUGUGACCUUUUUAUUUUUGUGCCAAACAUCCACAGAGAAACAACACCAUUUUCUAAAUGAACUGCACGCUGCAGGAGGAAUCCAACGGCAACACAAUUUGUUUGGGCUCGUCUAACCAGAAUUGCUUGCGAGUCAUUGGCUAGACAGACGUCGGCGUGUGACCAAAGACUGAGGGUCAAAGUUCGCUUUAACAUGCCAUCUGAUUGGCUAAUAAGAAAUUGUAGAUAAUACAGAGGAACCUCCAAAGUCAAACACCCUGUAUGUUUGCAAAAGUUAGUAAUCAAGGAUUAACUCCACAUAUUCGAUUUUUCCUUUUUUGGGGGGUGAGGCGCACACACAGCAGGGUGCUAGUGAUGGCAAAGAGGAAAAGUGCCUCAGCAAUACACUAAUUAAACAUGACAUAUCAACACACUGUAGCAAUACCUAUAAAUGGCCACUAGAUGACAGUAUCACUCUUUCUGCUACCUCUCCAUGAGGCGUCUGUUAGGGUGAGUAAUUUCUGUCCUGUCCAGCCAUUAGGGCAGAUAGUAUUGUUGAUCUAAAUGCCCUUGCGUUUUGUUGUCAUGCAAAUUUGGAGCGCCCGGAGCAGGAGGGGAUAGAGAAGAAGAGAA